GGUGCCUUGAUCUUCGAUCAAUGUUUCAAAAGAAUUUUCGAAACAGUUGGUGGGAAUUGGUAUUUAUUGCUGUUAAAUUAUGCAAUGCUUCGUGUUGGUUGAAUACCUUAAAAAUUUAGUGGAAGAAUUUUGAGCCUAUUAAACUAAGUAAAGUUGCUGACAGAGAGAAGUGAAGAAGAAUAAAGGAGCCUGAUUAUGAUGAGAAGCUACAAAUGGAAAGAUACGACAAUCACCAGCAAUUCACUUUCAAUGAUAUUUUUCCUGUUAGUAAUGGCUAUGUUGUCACAAGUCGAAAGCUGUGAUUUUCAAAAGGGAUUGGGAACGACUUUAUGUCCAUGGAGCAACGUACAAGGUGAUGAUGACUUUGACUGGAAACUUAGUUCAUUAUCCUUACCAUCUGGGGCACCACGUUAUGAUGCUACAGGCUCCAGUAGUGGACGAUAUCUCUUUUCUAAAGGACGAGGCAGUCUAGUUGGAGAAAAGGCCUGGUUGGUAGGAAAUUAUCGCAACGAUUCUGUCAAGUGCUUUUCAUUUUCCUAUUAUAUGCGUGGCAGACAUUCUGUCUAUUUAAUAUUGAAUAUAUAUCAGGAAUAUUUUUACAAUGGACACAAUCUGUUACUGUGGUCAUUCGGUAGAUACCAGAGAAGACUGUGGAAGAAAGGUCAAGUCACUGUUAAUUUUACCAUGGGUCUAUCUAGGUUGAUCAUUGAAAGCGUAAGCGAAUUUGGCAAUUUUAUGGCUCUAGAGAAUCUUGCUUUUACUCCUGGAAGCUGUGACACAAUACCGAAGAUCGCCACUCCUACUAAUGCUUACGAUUGUUCUAUUGGUUCAUUCUUUUCAUUUCUAAGUAAGAAAUGUGAAAAAUGUCCUACCUCUACAUAUCAACCACAUACAAAACAAACUCGUUGUCUUACCUGUAAUGAUGGUAAAACCACCAUCAAUGUUGGUGCAGUUAGUGAACAAGAAUGUAUAAAAGUUGAAAGAUGUGAUUUUCAAAAGGGAUUGGGGACGACUGUAUGUCCAUGGAGCAACGUACAAGGUGAUGAUGACUUUGACUGGAAACUAAGCUCAUUAUCCUUACCAUCUGGGGCACCACGUUAUGAUGCUACAGGCUCCAGCAGUGGACGAUAUCUCUUUUCAAAAAGACGAGGCAGUCUAGUAGGAGAAAAAGCCUGGUUGGUAGGAAAUUAUCGCAACGAUUCUGUCACGUGCUUUUCAUUUUCGUAUUAUAUGCGUGGCAGACAUUCUGGGAUUGCAUUGAAUGUUUACCAAGAAUUUUUGUACAAGAAAUACUUGUUACUGUGGUCAUUAAGUGGUGAUAAAGGAAACAAGUGGAAAAAAGGUCAAAUCACAGUUAAUUUUACCAUGGGUCUAUCUAGGUUAAUCAUUGAAAGUGUCAGAGAAUUUGGCAAUUUUAUGGCUCUAGAUAAUCUUGCUUUUACUCCUGGAAGCUGUGACACAAUACCGAACUUGGCCAUUGUUAAUGAUACUUAUAAUUGUUCCACUGGUUCAUUCUUUUCAUUUCUAAGUAAGAAAUGUGAAAAAUGUCCUACCUCUACAUAUCAACCACACACAAAACAAACUCGUUGUCUUACCUGUAAUGAUGGUAAAACCACCAUCAAUGUUGGUGCAGUUAGCGAACAAGAAUGUGUAAAAGCUUGCCCGAUGGGAUCUUUUUUUGAAAAAAGAAGUGGAGUUUGCAAACAAUGUCCUCUUCAUACAUAUCAGCCUGAGAUGGCAAAAACUGAAUGUAUUGAAUGUCCUAAUGGAAGAAUUACCUUGAAUACUUCAAGUAAAAACAGCGAAGAUUGUAUACAAAUAUUUUUUCCAGAUUGUUCUGCUGGUUCAUUCUACUCAUUUCAAACCCACCAAUGUGAAUACUGUCCAGUUAAUUUUUACCAACCACACUAUGGUCAAAUUGGUUGCAUUGCCUGUCGCAAUGGUACUGUUACAGCCGAAAAUGGGACAGUCAACCAUCUUGACUGUAUCAAUGAAAUCAUUUUUCAUUUUUGAGUGUAAUGCAGAUUCUUAUUUCAACAAAACGACUUUGAAUUGUACAAAAUGUAAAAGUAUUGAUUAUCAUCCACAGCCUGUAACUAUAAUAGAUGAAAAAUGAUUUUUUCUGGUGUUGUAAAAUGCAGACUAUUUUGUUGUAGCUUGAAUGAACUAGGCUGAAUGAAUUUAUGUGAAGAUAUCAAACUUUGCUUUUUUUCUUUCAAUAUUAACACAAUCUUAAGUUCUACAUUUCAAUCAAAAUAUUUUAUUGCUACGCGUAGUGAAA